AUGGCUAGGACAUGCACACCCUCAUCUGCUGGACGUGGUGCUAGACGUGGUGCUACCCGGGGUGGUGGUCAAGUUGGGGUUCAUCAAACUAGAAGACAGACUGCUCCUCAACCUCAAGGAGUUCAGAACGCUCCACCACCAGUGCCAACUGUUGUACCUACUGUUGCCUUACCUACAAAUGUAGUGGCAAGGUUAUUGAAUAUGUUAGAGGCGUUGGUGCCUACUCAGGGAGGAAGUUCAGCUCCUCAAGCUACUUUACAGACACAAGCACCUGCACAGACUCGGACUUUCGGGAAUAAGGAAGUUUCCCUACAAGAGUUUCUGAAAUUGAAAUCACCAAAAUUCACAAGUUCCGAUAAUUUAGCAGAUCCUCAAAGUUUCUUGUAUGGGACACUUAAGGCAUUACGUGCUCUUGGAUGUUCUAGUGAGAGAGUCGUGGAGCUCGUAGUCAAACUAGAGGAUAUGGCCAACACAUGGUAUGAAACGGUAUUGCUAGGAAGGCCAGCAGGAGCACCACCACUGACAUGGGACGAGUUUACUAAGUUGUUCAAUAAUCAUUUUCUCCCAGACAGUCUGAUGCAAAAAUAUGCUAGAGACUUUGAGAGAUUAGUUCAGACUCCAGAUAUGGAUGUGUCAAUAUAUAACACUAAGUUCUGUAAGCUAGCUAUAUAUGCUCCUCACUUAGUGCCUACCGAAGAAGCUCGAGUUCAGAGGUUUGUUGAUGGAUUGGUUGGUCGUCUAUACAUUGUAGUAGCCCCACAGAUGAAGACUUUAUCCUACUCUGAUGUAGUCGACCUUGCUAGAAAUAUUGAAAACAAGGGACGUAAGGAGCGUGCAAAUAGUGAUUUACGUGCUACAGGUAUAGGAAAUAGAGGUCGAGGUGCUGGAGACCGUGCUACUUUGAAUCAAGGACAAGGCAAUGCUGGUAGAGGUCAGGUGAGAGUUUUUGCAUUUACUAGACAGGAUGCUCAGACCUCGAAUACAGUGGUUACAGGUAUUCUUUCCGUCUGUUCAUUUGAUACACUUGCGUUGAUUGAUCCGGGAUCUACUCACUCCUAUAUGUCCUCGUACUUUGCUUUGAGAUUUAGUAGACAACCCGAGCUAUUGAGUGAUCCUUUUCUAGUUGCUACUCCUGUUGGAGAGUCUCUAUUAGCUGAAUACGUGCAUCGUGAUUGUCAAAUUCAGGUUGAGGGUAGAGAUACUCUAGCUGACCUUAUUGUACUUGAUAUGAUUGACUUUGACAUGCUGAUGGGAAUAGAUUGCCAAGUAGAACACGAGGAUCAUCUCAGGACUGUGUUGCAGACAUUGCGAGAACAACGGCUUUAUGCUAAGUUCUCGAAGUGCAAAUUUUGGCUAGCCUCGGUAUCAUUUUUGGGGCAUGUUGUUUCCAAAGAUGGAAUUAUGGUAGAUUCUAAGAAGACAAAAGCUGUGGAGAAAUGGCCCAGGCCUACUUCUCCUACAGAGAUUCACAGCUUUUUACGCUUAGCAGGCAAUUACAGGCAUUUUGUGCAGGAUUUCUCCAGAAUAGCAGCGCCAUUGACCAAGCUAACAUAG